AGGUUGGUAUUUCCGGUUGGGUCCAACUGUCCGUAGUGAGAUGGUAAACCGGUAACAGGACCUAAAGGGACUCGGAGUGAGAACCUGGUCGGUAGAAAAAAAGCUGUUCUUUUGGUCCAAUAAUUUGAAGUUUUUAGACAUAGACACAUAUUUAUUAUUUUAGCUGUCGGAAACGACCGGGUGUAUUUCACCGCAGUGGUGGUGCUGGUAGCUAGUAGCAGAAAAAAGGAAAGAGACAGACACUGGGGAGAGUUUUAGGAGGAUUCGUCUGACUUGUCAUCUGGGAGCAAUUAGUUCCAGCGCCGAGGAAAAAACCCAAAGGUUAGUGUGGAUCGACUGGCAGGAGGACACAGUGCUGCUGAACCGCAUGAACCCGAGGCCAAGCUGACCCUCAACCAGGGAGAGAGAGAGAGAGAGAGAGAGAGAGAGAGAGAAGUUAACCUGGCCUAAAUCUGGAAGAACAAACCUAACCGCAGUCCCCUAAACCUCCAGAAGCCGGUAGAAACCGGGCACAGACCUCAUGAAUGGAAAUCGGCACUACAGGAGCCGUUGGGGCUGCGCCCCUGUUCUCCGUACCGCGCAGACCUGGCUAUGGCACCAUGGGCAAGCCCAUCAAGCUGCUGGCCAACUGCUUUCAGGUGGACAUCCCAAAGAUGGAUGUCUACCUGUAUGACGUGGACAUCAAGCCAGAGAGAUGUCCACGCCGUGUCAACAGGGAGGUUGUGGACUCCAUGGUGCAGCAUUUUAAAGUGACCAUCUUUGGAGAUAGAAAGCCGGUCUAUGACGGCAAGAAGAGCCUGUACACAGCACAGCCGCUACCAGUUGCCACAGGAGGAGUAGACCUAGAUGUGACCUUGCCUGGAGAAGGAGGUAAGGAUCGGCCCUUUAAAGUCUCGAUCAAGUUUGUGUCGCUGGUCAGCUGGCACAUGCUGCAUGAGGUGCUGACUGGGCGGAGUAUUCCCGAGCCUCUGGAGUUGGACAAGCCAAUCAGCACCAACCCUGUGCAUGCUGUAGACGUCGUGCUGCGCCACCUGCCCUCCAUGAGGUACACACCAGUAGGCCGGUCUUUCUUCUCUUCUCCUGAAGGUUAUGAUCAUCCGCUGGGUGGGGGCAGGGAGGUGUGGUUUGGCUUCCACCAAUCAGUGAGGCCGGCUAUGUGGAAGAUGAUGCUGAACAUAGAUGUGUCUGCUACGGCGUUCUACAAAGCCCAGCCGGUGAUCCAGUUCAUGUGUGAGGUUCUGGACAUCCAUAACAUCGAUGAGCAGCCACGCCCUCUGACAGACUCGCACAGGGUAAAAUUCACCAAAGAAAUCAAAGGUCUGAAGGUGGAGGUAACACACUGCGGCACCAUGAGGAGAAAGUACAGGGUGUGUAAUGUCACCCGCCGACCUGCCAGCCACCAAACGUUUCCGCUGCAACUGGAGAACGGACAGACUGUGGAGAGAACAGUGGCACAGUACUUCCGUGAGAAAUACAACCUGCAGCUCAAAUAUCCCCACUUGCCCUGCCUGCAGGUGGGCCAGGAGCAGAAACACACAUAUCUGCCCCUAGAGGUGUGUAAUAUCGUAGCUGGGCAGCGCUGCAUUAAGAAACUGACAGAUAACCAAACUUCCACCAUGAUUAAAGCCACAGCUCGAUCAGCACCAGACAGGCAGGAGGAGAUCAGCCGACUGGUGCGCAGUGCAAACUACGAGGCUGACCCAUUUGUUCAGGAGUUCCAGUUCCGCGUGAGGGAUGAGAUGGCCGAGGUGACCGGCCGCGUAUUGCCUGCCCCCAUGCUGCAGUACGGCGGCAGGGUGAGCUCUGAACACUUCCUGAAUCGCACUGUGGCCACUCCAAGCCAUGGUGUAUGGGAUAUGAGAGGCAAGCAGUUCCACACAGGUGUAGAAAUUAAAAUCUGGGCGAUCGCCUGCUUUGCCACCCAGAGACAGUGCCGAGAGGAAAUCCUCAAAAGCUUUACCGAUCAGCUGCGUAAGAUUUCAAAAGAUGCCGGGAUGCCUAUUCAGGGCCAGCCGUGCUUCUGCAAGUAUGCUCAGGGAGCAGACAGUGUAGAGCCUAUGUUCAGACACUUAAAAAACACUUAUGCUGGCCUGCAGCUCAUCAUCGUUAUCCUGCCUGGGAAAACACCUGUUUAUGCGGAGGUGAAGCGUGUUGGAGACACUCUUCUUGGAAUGGCCACUCAGUGUGUGCAGGUGAAGAACGUGGUGAAGACGUCGCCACAGACGCUCUCCAACCUCUGCCUCAAGAUCAACGUCAAGCUAGGUGGCAUCAACAACAUCCUGGUUCCUCAUCAACGUCCGUCCGUCUUCCAGCAGCCGGUCAUUUUCCUAGGUGCUGAUGUCACUCAUCCACCUGCAGGAGAUGGCAAGAAGCCCUCCAUCGCUGCUGUGGUGGGCAGCAUGGACGCCCACCCGAGCCGCUACUGUGCCACGGUGCGUGUGCAGAGGCCCAGGCAGGAGGUCAUCCAGGACCUGGCCUCCAUGGUCCGAGAGCUGCUCAUCCAGUUCUACAAAUCCACACGCUACAAACCCACACGCCUCAUCUUUUACAGAGACGGAGUGUCCGAGGGACAGUUCCGACAGGUGCUGUAUUAUGAGCUGCUGGCCAUUCGGGAAGCCUGUAUAAGUCUGGAGAGAGAGUACCAACCAGGUAUCACGUAUAUCGUCGUGCAAAAGCGACACCACACACGCCUUUUCUGCGCUGACCGUAACGAGAGGGUCGGACGGAGUGGGAAUAUUCCUGCCGGCACCACAGUCGACACAGACAUCACCCACCCCUACGAGUUUGAUUUUUACCUCUGCAGUCAUGCUGGAAUACAGGGUACGAGCCGGCCCUCACACUACCACGUGCUGUGGGAUGAUAACUGCUUCACAGCCGACGAGUUCCAGCUGCUCACCUACCAGCUGUGUCACACGUAUGUACGCUGCACACGCUCCGUCUCCAUCCCAGCGCCUGCCUACUAUGCCCACCUAGUGGCCUUCCGUGCUCGUUACCACCUGGUCGACAAGGAGCAUGACAGUGCGGAGGGCAGUCAUGUGUCAGGACAGAGUAAUGGUCGUGACCCCCAAGCUUUGGCCAAAGCUGUGCAGAUUCACCACGACACUCUGAGGACCAUGUACUUUGCCUAGCCCUCCUCCUCCUCAUCCGCACUCACCUGUCACUCAUAUGACAUCAUGCACUGAAACCUACUCCCCAGUCCCGGGCCGCUCUGCUGCUAAAAUGAACCAAACGCAACUACAACAAAGGGGAGGGGUGGGAAUUAACACUGUUAUGCAAUAGAAUAGAAACAAACAAAAAAACAGCCAGGCUUUUCUAAGAGCCUACUUCUUUAAUUUUCUUGUGUAGAUCUGUGAGUCCCGACAAAGGUAUGGCAUACACUUGUACACUUAUUUAUUAGCAUCGAGUUUUUCUCUCCCUGUCUGUCUGUCUUUUUAAUCACAUGAAGUUCUUUUUCAUUUUUGAUUGAAAAUCAAAGCUGAAAUUAGGGAAAUUGAUAUCAGAUCUAAAGGUCAAACAAUUUCACUCUCAUAAAUGGAAGAGUGCAACACCUUUGUAGGGCGGUGUGAUAUUAAAGAACUGAUUGGUCCCUGCAACUGAUCAUGCAAUAACGUUACCAUGCUAUAAUUAAGCAAUAUCGCACCGAAUAUCAUACUGAUAUUCAGUACAGCAGCACGAUUGCAUGCGAGUGUGAUAUUGCUUUUACAAGAAAACUUUAUUAUUGAGUAACUGACAUUUCAGUCACAAUAUGGCCAAAUAUUUUGGGGCUGUGGGGGUUUGUGGUGUGUUUUGUUUUUUGUUCCCCUCCAUCAACAAAAAUAGUUCCCAACGAAGCCACAGCUGGAUAAACAGACCAUAGCAUAUGAGUGAAAUAUCCCAGUGCUGUUAUACUAAAUAUCAGCAUGCCGCUUGUCCAAUCAAAUUAGUGGACCGGAACUAACUGUUAUAUAAAUUUGAAUGAAGAUGGGUAAAGUGAUGCUAGGUCAUUGCCAAUGGACACUGUGUUCUAUUCUAACUAACAAAACCAGGAAGAAUGUUCUGAUUUUAUAUUGGCGCAUAUUCAUCAAAGUAUCCUGUUUUGCUCAACAACUUGUAAAGAAGUUAUCGCGACAGAACGCAGAUUAAUAAUUCUCUUACUCUGAAAUACUUGAUACAGGAUAUUUUUGUCUCAGUCUCCAUUUCCACCAUUUGUGCACUUUUGUGUGUGUGUGUGUGUGUGUGUGUGUGUGUGUGUGUGUGUGUGUGUGUGUCUUAAGCAAGGUUCAGAAGUAACUUUAAUGAUUUACCCUAUGUCAUCAGUCCUUAUACUUGGACAUGUGCGUCAUUGUGCUGCCUGGAAAACAUCUCAGCCUUGUAUCCGUUCAUGACUGUCCCUUGUUUUUUUCUCUCUCUCUCUCUUCCUCCCCUGUGUAAGCAAAGUGAUACAUUAGCUAAGAACUGCAGUUUUUUCCAAAGUACAACUGCUGGACAUCUGUUAAACCUGACCCAAGGUCAGUAGAGUAGAAAAUUUCCCAUGUGAGGUGUGUGUGUGUGUGUGUGUGUGUGUGUGUGGUCGUCUUUACCAGGUACUGAAUGAGUAUGUUGCUUAAUACAGCAUUUUCCCAAUGAACUUCAGAUGCUUUGUAGAGAAGUUGGUGGUUU